ACUCGAAUUUUGGGAACCAAAAAGGAGUUUUGUUUUUGUCAGCGGCAGCACGCGCUUACCACUUUUGACCCCCCGAGUGGCGAGUUAACUCAACAGUAUAUUCAACUUCUGCUUCUUCCCUCUGCGGAAAUACAGAGAGUGUGCGUGUCUCAGUCGAGUCAAGUCGCAUCGGUGAGUGAGGAUGGGUCAUGAACACUCCAAAUUGUCUUCUUCAGAACCGAAAAGAUCGCGUCGUGCUCGGUUCAAAGAGCGUCUUCGCCUUGGCCAUUAUCUUCACCGCAAAACCGGUAACGGCUCUGCUUCCUCUUCCUCUUCCGCUUCAGCUCGCAAACCUCUCUCCGCUGAUAACUUCGCCGGAAUUGCUCUCCUCACACUCCUUCGCGUGCGCGGAGAUGAAGUUCAAGGAUAAAUGGAUCGCAUGCCUUUCUCUUGGAGAACAGACUUUCCGCACAAAGACCUCUGACCAGACAGACAAACCAGUUUGGAAUUCCGAAAAGAAACUUCUUUUGGAACAGAACGGGCCUCAUGUUGCAAGAAUUUCUGUCUUCGAGACCAACAAACUGUCCAGCAAUACUCUUGUUGGAUACUGUGAGGUUGAUCUGUUUGAAUUUCUGACCCAGGAUUCUGAUUCUGACAUUGAGAUAUUCGACCUUUUAGAUCCAUCAAUGCCUGGAGAAGUGGUUGGCAACAUUUCCAUUUCAUGCUCGGUAGAGGAUCCUAUUGAAAUGGAGAAAAGCUUUGUCAGACGCAUUUUAUCUAUAGUGGACUACAAUGAAGAUGGAACGCUUUCACUUUCUGAAUUUUCUGACCUAAUUGAUGCUUUUGGCAAUCAAGUAGCAACCAGCAAGAAAGAGGAGCUGUUCAAAGCAGCUGACAAGAAUGGAGAUGGUGUUGUGAGCAUGGAUGAGUUGGCUGCCCUUCUUGCUUUUCAACAAGAAAAGGAACCGUUAAUGAAUUGCUGUCCUGUUUGUGGUGAGGUUCUUCAGAUUUCUGACCAGUUGAACAGCAUGAUCCACUUAACUCUUUGUUUUGACGAAGGGACUGGAAAUCAGGUGAUGACUGGAGGAUUCUUAACAGAUAAGGAAGCUUCGUAUGGGUGGUUCUUCAAAUUGAGUGAAUGGGCCCAUUUCUCAUCCUAUGAUGUUGGUAUUCGAUCUGGAUCAAGUGCUUCCCAUAUUCUGGUAUAUGAUCGGAAGUCUCAAAGGCUUGUCGAAGAACUAAUUGACAAAAAGAUUGUUUUAUCGAUGAGAGCUAUUUAUCAGUCAAAAAUAGGUCUUGGCCUAAUGGACGUAGGAGUGAAGGAGCUGUUGCAAAGCAUUUCUGAAAAGCAGGGAGCACGAAUGGAUUCACCUGAAUCGUCUGCAGAUAUACUGAAAUUUGUUGAAUCUUUUGAGGGUCAAAUCAAUUUGGCUGAGGUCAAGUAUCCUCUGGAACACUUCAAGACAUUCAAUGAAUUUUUCAUUAGAGAGUUAAAGCCUGGUUCAAGACCAAUUGCAUUUGCUGAACGUGAUGACGUAGCUGUAUGUGCUGCUGAUUGCCGUUUAAUGGCAUUUAAAUCAGUUGAUGAUUGUUCAAGAUUUUGGAUUAAGGGUCGAAAGUUUUCAAUUCAAGGUCUUUUGGGGAAUGAAAUGUGUUCAAGUGCUUUUGUUGAUGGAACAAUGGUGAUUUUCCGUUUGGCACCACAGGAUUAUCACCGUUUCCAUUUUCCAGUAUCAGGAAUCAUUGAGCAAUUUGUAAAUAUCCCUGGAUGUUUAUAUACAGUCAAUCCCAUUGCUGUAAAUAGCAAGUACUGUAAUGUCUUCACGGAGAAUAAGCGAGUUGUUUCAAUGAUUUCAACUGUAAAUUUUGGAAAGGUGGCAUUUGUUGCAAUAGGAGCUACAAUGGUUGGUAGCAUUACUUUUACAAAGCAAAAGGGUGACCAUGUCAAGAAGGGCGAUGAGUUUGGAUAUUUCUCAUUUGGUGGAAGCACUGUAAUUUGUGUUUUUGAAAAGAAUUCAAUUGCAAUAGAUGAAGAUCUUCUAGCAAAUAGCACCAGAUCACUGGAGACCUUGGUUUCCGUAGGGAUGAGAUUGGGCGUCUCCACGAAGAAAUCGUCUUGAUAUUGGGUUUUGAAAUGUUGAAAAUGUGUACUAUUUUACUCAAACCAUGACAUGGUUGGCUAUUCAUGGCUGAUGUUUUCCGAAUUUGUAAAGUACACAUUUUACAACCUCAUUCAAAGGCGGUACUCUGGCUACUCCAUGUUAGAACUAUCCACUGUUUGAUCUGUAUGGAGCAAUCUGGAAUAUGAUACGCCUUAUAGAAAUGCAGUCUUCAUAAGUAGAGUAAUAGCUUGAACAAAUUUAUACUUCCACCCCUCAAUGAUGCAUGAGCAUGUUUUCACGAGUUAUUAGUAACAGCACUAUAACUACUUUUUUGAAUGAUUUAUAAUUUUAGAGUGUGAAUUUACCAUUGGCAUGGGGUGUCAUAGUGAAAGCAAGUUAGCAUAUUUUAGAGAUAGGACGUAUGCUCAAUUAUUGGUAAAUUAUGAAGGGAGAGGGCUAUAUGUAUAUCAUUUGUUUUCGACCUGAAGGGAGUUUAGAUCCCAGAACGAGCUAUAUUCACCUAUUGCAUAAUU